AUGAUGACUGCCGGCACCUGCUGAUUGGCAAGGAGAGAGACAGAACAGAGCUCUGUAAACAAGGCAGAGCUACGUCCUGUCAGUAGUGAUGUGCUGGAUUUUGUUUCUCCGCAAAGCAGGGAAUAAAAUCCAGCACACCCCGUAGUAAAAACACAUAAAACAUGUCUCCCUAGUAUAACAGCACACAGUUAACCCUUUGAUUGCCCAGAAAUGAACCCCUUGCUACCCAGUGCCAUUAGUACAGUAUAUGUGCUUUUUAUUAACAUUGACCACUGUAAUAGUGUCACUGGGGAUGUCAGUGGUAGUCAGUCCCCCCCCCCCCCUCCAGUGUCAGAAUGCCCGCCGCAGUCCCACUAUAAGUCGCUG